AUGAAAGUCCCUAUAUUGGCUCUUUUGGAAAUUUCUGGAACUUUUGGAACUCCUCCUUGGCAUUUCGCUCGACAUCAUCGAUAUCAGUCGAUCGCCAGGACUCCUGAUGCAGUUGUUACACUUUCAAUGAUGAAGGGAAAGCUGACGGCUGGAAAUAUUGGCCAGCAACUCAAGGACGAAGUUUCUGCUCAACUACGGAUGACCAUGCGAUUUCCCUUCCACGACUAA